GCAAUCUACAGUAAUCCUACAGUUACUUCUGUUGAACACACCACCGCUACUAUUACUAAUCCUGAUGUACCGAUUAGUACUGGUACUAAUAAAUUAUCAAAUCGGUGGACAUCACCUGAAAUUCGAAUACUUAUUGAGGAAGUCGGAAAUCAUCAACAAGCUUUACAAAAGGCAAAAGAUCCGCAAGAGAAAGGAAGAAUUUGGGAUACUACAUAUCGGUCAAAAUAUUGA